UCGCCGUCCUGCUCAGCCUCAUCUUCCUGGUGGAGAUCGCUGUUGCCAUCACCGGCUACGUCUUCAAGCACAAGGUGCACGGGCUGGUGGAGGAGGGGCUGUGGGAGGCCAUGCGAAAGUACGAGCUGGACCCUCCGCUGGCCGCGACCCUGGACACCUUCCAGCAGGAGUUUUCCUGCUGCGGGGUGAACAAUUACACGGACUGGGCGAGCGUGGAGCCGUUCGGGGCCAACCACACCGUGCCCAGGUCGUGCUGCCGGGUGGUCGCCGACACCUGCAACGUCCGGCCCAGCCCGGCCACGGUGUUCGAGAAGGGCUGCCUGCCGAGCCUCGAGGCGUGGGUCAGGAGGAACAUCGUGGUGCUGGCGGCCGUGCCGCUGGGCAUCGCCUUCUUCGAGGUGAGAGACCCCCAAAUGUGGGGGGAAACCCCUCCAAAAUUUGAGCUGAGACCCCCCCCGAGUGUGAGAGUGAACCCCCUUCAGUGUGGGGAUGAGACCCUCAAAAUGUGGGGUGAGACCCCCCUGAGUUUGGGGUGAACCCCUGCUCAGUGUGGGGCUGAGACCCCCAAUAUGGGGC